AUGUAAGUCAGUGAACACAGAGCACUUUACAAUUUUAACAAUCUUUUGUUUGUUUUUAUAAAAAUGCUGACGCCACAUCUGGCUGCCGCCUCUUUGGGCUUCCUCAUCGCCAUACCGCUAUCACUGGACGCCGCGUUGCUCACUUGCCACAUUGAACUAGUCGAUGGAGUGAUCUCGAAAGUUUGUCGAAAACUUAAAUGUCCCGUAAAUUGUUCGAAUGGCGCUUGUAAUUUGCACUUACAACGUUGUAUUUGCCACGCAGGCUACCAGCGAAUGGACGAUAAGUGUGUACCUACUUGCGAUAAGCCAGUCUGUAGCGAAAAUGAGCAUUGCUUAGCGCCUAAUAAAUGCAACUGCAACGAUGGCUACUCGUUGGUUGAUGAUCAGUGUCAGCCAAAAUGCGAAACAGGGUGCGUCGAAACUGAAUACUGUGCUGCACCAAAUAGUUGCGUCUGCAAGGAGGGAUAUAUCGCUACAACGAACGGUGGUUGUGAGCCCAUCUGUUCGAUGGGAUGUGGUCAGUUUGGACGCUGCAUAUCACCAAAUAUUUGCGAUUGCGAUGAGGGUUACCGUGUGCAAGCUGAGGGCAAAUGUACACCCGUUUGUGAUGCCGAACUAUGCGUCAAUGCCGAUUGCAUAGCACCCUAUAAAUGCAUCUGUCAUGCAGGUUAUUCACUCAACUUCGACAAUGGGAAAUGUGAGGCGUUGCCGGAGGAUGAAGCGACAAAGUCACAGAGCAAUGCAACUGUGUGGAUCGAUGUACGUUCUGGAAUGAAUGAGUUUCUAUCAACACUCAAGCGCUACGAGUGCAUCUGCGGAGAGUCAAGUAAAAUAGUUAAUUCCAAGAUGAAUUCGCUUAAACUAUUUAACCUGGCCAUUAUAAUCGUUGUCUUCAUCAAACCUAGUCAAUGUAAAACGAUUUUAUGUAAAACUCUAGAGGUCAGAGGUAAAUUGCAAGAAAUUUGCCAAGCCAUUUGUGAUGAGAACUGCGCCAAUGGCGUUUGUGACUAUAAGCCCAAACGUUGCACUUGUAACAAAGGUUAUCAUCCUGAGAAAAAUAAAUGUCAGCCCGAUUGUGUCAAAGGAUGUCCGGCGAAUGCCACUUGCGUCGUGGGCAGCAACAAUUGUCGCUGCAACGUUGGCUACGAAGAAGAUGCCUCAGGCCAAUGCGUGCCCAUCUGCAGUGAGAAGUGCAACGAAAAAAGCUUUUGUGCAGCACCAAGCACCUGCCACUGUAUGCCGGGCUACGAGCAGACUACCACGGGCUGUCAGCCGAUUUGUAGCCAAGGAUGUGAGGCGCACGCGCAUUGUACCGCGCCCAAUGUGUGCACCUGCGACGCCGGCUAUGAAGCGAUCACCAACACUAGCGAAAAAUGUCAACCCAUCUGCGAUGUGGCACACUGUGGCAAUGCCACCACUUGCCUGCAACCUGGAGUUUGUGAAUGUGUCGCAGGUUACACGCGGCGCAACGACAGUAUCGAUUGUCUGUCCGUAUGUACGGGAGGUUGUGGACCGCACGGCAUCUGCGUAGCGCCCGCGCAUUGUGAGUGCGUGGCGGGUUACGUGCGCCGCGAUGAGGCAUGCCGGCCCAAAUGCCCACGCGCAUGUGGCCUUAAUGCGUAUUGUGCUCAACCGGAAGUGUGCCAAUGCAUAGAAGGUUUCGAGAAUAGGGCAAUCGGAGAUUUGGAGCAGAGUUGUCAACCAAUUUGUGUGAAUGAUUGUCCUCUCCAUGCAUAUUGCGCUGCACCGAACCAGUGCCACUGCAUCGCCGGCUACUCGCUCAUCGACCACACUUGCGUAGCGCACUGCAGGGAUACGUGUGGCAAGCAUAGCAGUUGCAUAGCGCCCGACACCUGCCGCUGUAAUGUUGGCUUUUUGGAACAGCAUGGAGAAUGUGUGAGCUCGGCCCAACUGCAGAAAUGUGUGAAGGAAAUGAGAGUGCUCUUCAUUAGCAUGCAUGUGCCAUGUGAUACUAACUCUUUUCUUAUGAAUUUAUUUUAUGGAGCGCUAAUCGGUUUAAUUUUGGUAUGUGUCCUUAUCACCUACAAGGGUUUGCAGCAUUUGCGACAGAAAGUGCCCACGCGUGACGGAAAUUACACGCAAUCGCCACCGAAUUAUGUGAUCACUUAUCAGCCCCGCGGCGGUGAAAACGCCGAGGCAAUCAUAGAAGCGGAAUGUGAUAUGGCCAGCGCUAGCUAUAGCCAACCGCCAGUCUAUAAUACGCUCACACAGAAGUGUUGAAGACAUGAAAGGCGCUUUAUGUUGGCGUUAUUAUUUUUAUGCAUUUUUGUCAACUAAUUUUAAUUAAAAUUAGUAUUUCACGAAGCAGUUUGUUAGCGACACAAUUAUGUAGUAGACUUUGACUGACAUUUCACGAUCAUUAUUUAUGCACAUUAGACUGCAGCACCAAAGAAAGGUGCGGGUUUUCCGGCGCGAUUACAAAAUCUAGUAUAUUCUAAGACUUCUAACAAAAUAUUUCGGAAAAAAUAUUAGGAUCUCACGUAAAUCUCACUCAACUUUUGGAGGUAUGUUCACAUUGGUCCAGCUCACAUAAAUCUUAAUAUUUUUGCGAGAUAUUUUGGCGAAAGUCUUAAAAUAUAAUAGAUUUUAUAGUUCCAGUGGAAAAAGAGUACCGUUGUUUUUUUUUUGUAUUGGGAGUGAUGCCGUCUAAUGUACUUGCGUUAUUAUGAUAAAUAUUUAAUGUUUUUUACAUGUAUUUACGUACAUACAUAUGUACUUCACAAAACACUAUCUAGAAGAAGGGGUUAGAAUUACUGAA